CCCUUUGAUUUCUUCUCCAAUCACUCUUCGAAAGAAAAAGAAAGAAGAAUAUAGUCUCAAGUUCGUUUCAUGGCUCAAGGAAACUCCGACUUCCAACAAGACAUGGCUAAAGAUGAACAAGAACAGAGGUUGAAAUACUUGGAAUUCGUGCAAGUAGCUGCUGUCCACGCCGCUUUGUGCUUCGCCAAUCUUUACCUUUACGCUAAGGAAAGAUCGGGACCUUUCAAACCUGGCGUCGAAUCCGUGGAGGAGACGGUUAAGACCGUGGUCCGACCGGUUUACGACAAGUACCAUGAUGUCCCAAUCGAGCUUCUUAAAUUCGUCGAUACCAAGGUUGGUGAAUAUAUAACCGAACUAGAUCGUCGAGUCCCGCCAUGUGUCAAACAGGUCUCGUCCGAAGCCAUUUCAGCUGCCCAAAAGGCUCCGAAAGUGGCUCGUUGCGUGGCUUCUGAAGUCCACCUUACUGGAGUGGUGAGCACUGCCUCAGUAUAUGCAAAAUUCGUGUACACCAAGUAUGAACCCACAGCAAAAGAGCUUUAUGCAAAGUAUGAACCCAAAGCUGAACAAUGUGCUGUUUCGGCUUGGCGUAAACUCCACAAACUCCCUCUCUUCCCUCAAGUAGCCUCGGUCGUCAUCCCUACAGCCACGUAUUGCACGGGCAAGUAUAACCAGACGGUGGUUAGCAGUGCCGAGAAAGGGUACAAGGUCGCCUCGUAUUUGCCCUUGGUACCUACCGAAAAGAUCGCCAAGGUGUUUGGAGAGCAGAAGAUUGAAAUGGAGCCAUUGAGGAGUUGAAUUGGCUUUGAAUCUGUUUUGGGGGUUGAUGACCUGUUUUCUGCUA